AUGAAACUACUUCUUUCGAUUGCUGCCACUGCUUUGCUGCAACAAGGCCACUGCGACAUGGACCUAUCUAGUAGGUUUCUCGAAUUCCAGCAGUCACUUGCUAUAACUGGUCAGCUAGAUUGCAAUGGAUCUCCUGUAGCCGGCGCCCAAGUGGAGUUACGCGAUUCAGACGAAAAAGGUGAAAAAACAACACUGGCAAAGAGCACGUCCCUCAAAAGUGGGAGGUUUUAUGUAUUUGGCUUCAAACCAGGAGCGGCUCCGACAAUGGAUCCGGAGCUCGUAAUACACUACACAUGUCAUGCGAAGAAGGAGGACAAUUGGCCGCAAAGGGCAGUGAUCACCAAGAUGCAGAGUUUCGUGAGAAAAGGGCUACAACCUGUGCCAUUAUUCAAUAUGGGAUUAAUCAAGCUUGCAGACCUCUCGAAAUUGCACCACACUUACUAA